CUGGGGAGGAGGAGGAGGAGAAGGAGGACGACACGAUCCAUCCGACACAAAGUCCACAUGACGCGGUAGCAGCAGCCGAAAGCUGGAUAAGACCUCAGCAGUUUCCAGGUAAAAAUGGCCGUGGAGAAGCGCCUGGCGUUCUCUAUUGUGCAGUUCCUACGAGAUCAAACACAUCGCGGAGCUUUGAAUUCGGAUGAGCAGGAGAGCCUGGAAGUUGCGAUCCAGUGUUUGGAGACCACCUUUAAGAUCAGCUCCAGUGACUGUCACCUCGCCGUGCCUCAGCCGCUGACAGAGAUAUUCCUCAACUCCCUGCUCAAGAACGACAACAUCACCAUCCCAGAGACGUCCCCUUCUCCAGAGAACAUAGAGCAAGCGGAGCAGCUAAAGAAUGAAGGGAAUAACCACAUGAAGGAGGAGAACUACAGAUGUGCGGUGGAGUGCUACACAAAGGCCAUCGAUCUGGACCUGAGAAACGCUGUGUACUACUGCAACAGGGCUGCAGCUCACAGUAAACUGGGAAAUUACACAGAGGCCACCGUAGACUGCGAGAGAGCCAUCGGGAUUGAUCCGACCUACAGCAAAGCUUAUGGACGGAUGGGGUUGGCUCUAACAGCAAUGAACAAGUAUCCCGAGGCCAUUACCUUCUUUAAGAAAGCUUUGGUUUUAGACCCUGAUAAUGACACGUACAAAUCCAACCUGAAGAUCGCAGAGCAGAAGCAGAAGGACGCAACCAGUCCAGAAGCUGCUGGAUUGGGAUUUGACAUGGCGAGUUUAAUCAACAACCCUGCCUUCAUUAGCAUGGCGGCAAGUGUGAUGCAGAACCAGCAAGUACAACAGCUGAUGUCAGGAAUGAUGACCAACGCAGUCAGGGGUCCUGCAGCGGGAGUGGGGGGGCUGUCAGACAUCUCCAGCUUGAUCGAAGCGGGACAACAGUUUGCUCAGCAGAUCCAGCAGCAGAACCCCGAGCUGAUCGAGCAGCUGAGGAACCACAUCCGGAGUCGUUCCUUCAGCGGCAGCGCAGAGGAGCACUCAUGAUCCAUUCAGCCUCACGUUUAUUUUUUUAUUUUUUUCCAAGGAAGGGCAACCAUAAGGCGCGAUUACAAUCUCUACACCCAUUUCUGAAGGCAGAGACGAGGAUGGGGGUUGAAGGCACUUUACUGUGACUGAGGGCUCUGUGGGGCGGAUGGACGAGCGAGCCCGGAGGCUGGACCACGAAGCGGAGCAUCCCACACACAUUUAGGGCGAAACAUCUCAUCGUAAAAAAGAUUAAAAAAAAAAAGAGGCAGAACAUGAGUAAAUACUUUCUUCAGAGCUUUUACCGCAGAGGUCUUGUAUUACAUGUGAUGAAUUUCUCUCUUGGUGUCAUGAGUCGAGGAUGCUUCUGUCUGUAAAUCACGAUGGACAGUGAGGGGGGUGGGGGGGUGGGGGGUUAGGAAUGAACUUUUACAGCAUUGCAGGGAACAUUUCACCCUUUUGUUCUGGUGCAGCACCCAUAGAACAUCAGGUUUACAGCUUUGUUUGUAUAUUGCAUAUUGUUUGACAUUAUUUUUGUAGACAGGGCACACCGUUAUAUAUUCAGUGCUAGAUCACGUCAGACACACACCACUGCUUCUAAAUGAGCACGACUCAACUUUUCAGACAACAGUGUAAUUGUAUAGCAGUGUUAUAUACAGCCUGCGUUGUGUUGUCAUUGCACUUUAGCAAACACCCCCCCCCCCCUCCUUUUGAAGCCCCCACUUGAUUCUCCAUCAACUUGUAACGACUGAUUCAGAUUGAUCAGUUUGCAUGCACUCAAAUCUGGUGUUUGAGGUCAGAUGCUUUAUGGAAACUUAUAGCUAUGCUAAGGCAGCACAAUGUUUUGUCUAAAAUAUGUGAAUAAACGUCUUGGAAAUUGA